UGUAAAACUAGCUGCCGACUGCAUUCGUGUGUGUUACUUUGACACCGGUGUCGUCGAAAUUCCAGCUUCAACCAGCAAAACUAAACUCUAGUCUUAAUCAUAUCUGAAUGGACACUGGACACAAACAACAAAACGGUAUAUAUACAUUAGAGGAGGGGUCAUUUUGAAGAGAUUAAAUUGUUAAAUGAAGCUGCGUUCUAAAAACUCGAUCUACAGACUGCGUACACUUUUCUUUUUGCUCUGGUUCUGACUUGAAUCCCUGGAAACGAAGUGCACGACGAUCCGUUGACCGACAUACCACCACCAGCAACUAAACCGGAAAUUUUUUACGAGUUCUUACCGAAGAUAAACACUUGAGUUCUGUGAUUGCAAAAAGGCUUGAGGAAAGGAAACGUCCAUUCAUGAAAAUCUCGUUGUCGUCUCUGCUCUAAAACAAACCGUUUUCGCCAAGAUGGUGGACUCCAAACCGAGCAGCCUUAUCAUCGCCCUCAGCCUGGGCAUCAAUCUCGGCUCGUCGAUCAUGAUUGUCUUCCUCAACAAAUGGAUUUACGUCCAUCACAGCUUUCCGAAUAUGACGCUGACGUGCAUCCACUUCCUCAUGACGUCCCUAGGAUUAUGGAUCUGCCAACGUUGCGGCAUCUUCAACCCCAAGUAUCUUCCGUUUCGCAGCAUGGUGCCAUUGAGUUUGACCUUCUGCGGGUUUGUCGUCUUCGCUAAUCUGUCGCUGCAGAACAACACGGUUGGCACGUACCAACUCGCUAAGGCCAUGACAACGCCGUGCAUCCUCGUUAUUCAAACGUUGUUUUAUGAUAAGACGUAUUCAACCAAGAUUAAACUCACAUUGAUACCGAUUACAUUAGGUGUGAUUACAAACUCAUGUUAUGACGUCCGCUUCAAUGUCAAAGGAACUAUGUAUGCAGUACUUGGUGUCUUAGUAACAUCGCUCUACCAAGUGUGGGUUGGAAGCAAGCAGAAAGAGUUCCAAGUAAACUCCAUGCAGUUAUUAUACUACCAAGCCCCACUGUCUGCAUGCAUUCUGGCUGUAACUGUGCCAUUCUUUGAGCCUGUCUUUGGAGCUGGUGGUGUAUUCAGUGCAUGGGAACCCAACGCAAUUUAUCUUGUCCUGGUAUCCGGUUGUGUGGCGUUCUCAGUCAAUUUGUCCAUCUACUGGAUUAUUGGUAAUACGUCGCCAGUAACAUACAACAUGGUCGGUCAUUUGAAAUUCUGCCUAACAUUGUUAGGGGGAUUUCUGCUGUUUGGCGACACUCUGCAGUUUAAUCAACUAGUCGGUGUCUCGUUAACGCUGAGUGGCAUCAUUGUUUAUACACACUUCAAGGUUAAGGAACAGGAAGAAGCUGAUAAACUCCUCAAACCCUAUCUGCCCCUGAGCCUGGGAUCUCCCCAUGGACAACAUUUUGAGGAUGGUUGGCCGAAGCACACUGAAUUAACAAGUGCAAAUGAGAGCGAGAGUCGGUCAGAAAUGGAAGUAAUGACGGGUGUAGAAGUUGAGAAAAGUAGCGGACAACAAACGUAAAGCAAAUUCGCCGACCAACGAUUGACCACUGCCCAGCAAGCAGCGAUGUACAUGCGCAGUGAUACACUUACUCAAACGACUCAUUUGGGAACCUAGUCAACCAUUUUUAUCUUGGUAUUUAUCACUUCCAUCGCCUGGCAGCCUUUUCGAUUCAUCAUAAUUGUAUUUCUAAUUCAAGCAUCUUGUUUUCAAGUUUUAAAUUGGUAGGUAUAAAAGGUGAUUUCGUAUGCGAUAAUAAUCAUGCUAAACCAAAAAGUACCUAUGUUUAUUAUCAGAGAAUAAUUUUUGUAAGUUUAACGAAACUAAUUACAGAAAUUCCAGAUUUCGAUCCGAAUUUAGACUUUUUUUAAGGCAAAGUAUAACUUUUGGUUUUUGGAAAUAUAAACAAAUACAAUGAAACUAAACUGUGACAGUUUUGCUUCCAAAGAUGGUAGCGUUUUUAAAAUGUUGCCCAAUAUCUGGAGCGGUUAUAAAUGUCCACAGAGGAAGAAUAAUCUGUAAUUGGAAAACCCAAUCUGAGAAAAACUUCAUGCAGAACUGUUUCUCAGAUUGGAAUGUUUUUGAAUCCCUCUCUCUAAAACCACAUCCUUUUGACGGGAAUUGUUUAUCAAAGUGUUUUACACCAACAGCUGCUUUGCUUCUCACCAAGUAAGUUUUUAUCUUUAGUAAGUUUGUAUCUUUAUUUGUUUUUGGAUUAUUACCAAAGGUAUAUACAUUUACACUGGUGAAGAGAAUCAAGCAUCAUUUGUUCCUUUAUAUAAAGAAAUCUGCUCUUUGAUCUACGUCGCCAGACACACAAGGCCUGAAGGCCACUCAAGGUGUGGGCUACAAUUUUUU